GCCUACCCUGCAACUUAUCAGCAGAAAGUUUUUCGAUAAACACUACUGAAUUCAAAACAACGUCUCUUUUUUCCCGUGGUUCAAAAAUAGUUGUGAGAAAUCGCGUAUAAAAUUUUCCAUCGAACAUUUCUUUCGGUAGAUUUACUGUAGAUUUACAAGUUAUUAACAAAAUUAAUCUUCCGCAAGGAAGUAACUUCUUACAUUUUAUGUCGAAUAUUUGUCGAAGAAUAAUAAACAAUUUCGGUAGAUAAGAUCGGGAAUGUUCGGGAACAUUCGAGACCACCGCGGCUGCGCAAGUUUGCAAACCUGCUUUUAUCAAAACAUCACGGCGAGCAAGCUCGUUUUACACGAUCUUAUAAAAGUAACAUAUAUAUAUUUAAUUCAUGCGAUCUUUAGUUUUCAUUAAGGAAAGAUUAUUGUCCAUGUAUACUUAUCGCGUAACGCAAUUACGACACGCGAUUGAUCAAAGGUUAUAUCCGAUAAAAUUAUCGAAUAUAGGUUUCGAAAAAGAAAGAAAAAGUAAACAAAAAAUAAUGCCUAUCUCCGCAACAAAUUAUUUCGUACUUUAUCAACCUAUGAAAGUAUCCGUAUACUGGUGAAUGGCGGUGUCCAUUAUGAGGUUAUGUUUAGUCACUUGUUCUUUCAUUUUCCUACUUCCUUUUUGAAUUAAAAAAUAACAAAACGAGUGUACACAAUAUAUCGAUAGUUUCAGAGUUAAGAAAUAACAGAAAACUGUGUCGCUCGUGUUAUUAUUUCAUUGUUAAUAACAGGGCAACGAUGGGCACACUUAAGGUCUCGAUACAGCUGCAGCAACUAUUCGAGUCAUGAACCGUAACCAUGAGUCAUCGCUUCGGACCGUCAAAGUCAUCUGCAAGGAACUGACUAGGAACAAUAUUGAUCGUGAUACCAAUCGUCUCUUUUAAAUAUCAAGGUAUAUGAUCAACUGAGUAUGAUAGUGGGGCAGCACUAACUAAUAGGGAAUCAACUGAAGUUAUGCGAGUUGCGCGAUCGGGUACGGUCUCUCGUUGAACAAACUAUACGUAUCAUUGAAAAACCGGCUUACGGUGAGUGCAAGCAGCGGGACGGAAGGGAAAGGUUUUGUCGAGCGAUGAUAGAAAGAGAGAGAAACGGAAAAAUGAAUCGUUUCCUCCCCACCACAUAACCAAAACUCUGUAUUCGUUGACGCACGAUGCUCAAGGGGAAUCGUCUCAGUGCAUUGCAGUAUCGACAAGGAUAAAGAUAAAAAGAAAGGCCUUCCGACGAAUGACAGCACGUAAAACUGAUCACGCGGCCUCACCGGGAGGUGUGCUUUCGUUCGGUUUCACAGACCGUGUGCGUGUUUCUGUACGUGUGCGUUACGGCAGUAUCUCACAACAAAUAUGUCGUGGUGGGGAGUACGUUUUUCCGUUCGCCGUCUCGCAUAUUUCUUCCCCCGCAUUAUUAUUAUGUAGUUUGGCAUAGGUGAACCAUCACACGUUCAAUUCGACACCAAAACGGUGCAGGUGUGUGCGUGUGCGCGUGUGUACACGUGAUACAAUUGUAUCCAUAAAAAGUUUUCUUCGAAUCAAAGAAGACGAUAGAGUACGUGUAUGUAUAAAGUGUGACGAGAACGAUGCGCGACUUAGCUCUCUUACGUCGGUAAUUAGAACGAUUAUUUAAUCAUGUUCAAUUCGCGAGGAACCAGAGAAGAUCGUGGGCAGCUAGCGGCGUGAGUCUCGCGAUUAACGGUAGGUGUGGAGUCUCGCGUCGACAGUGAAAACGACGUGUGUUGACAUUGGUUCGCUGGUUGUGUUCCCGGCUACGCCUAAGUGAGAAAUGCGGUUCUGAAUCACGACGUGCGUCGAUCCCGUGUAAUCACGAACAGGUUGUUCACGGGUGGCUCCUUCGAUACGUGCAUUACAUAGCGAUACGUAUUCGUGAACACAGAAACUCGUGUGUGCAAGCUAGGACGCGCGCGCGCGCUCGCGUGUGUAGCGUGCUCCUCCUGGGUAUUUGUGCGUGCGUACGUACAGUGUUUAGCAAUCAAGGAUACACUUAUUCCUUCGGAAGGACGGCCUGACACGGAAGGAACGCCGGAAGGAAGGAAGAGGAGGGUAGCAGGGUAGUAAGAUGGCGGGAUCCUUAACGUGGUCGUGUACUUGUUGCCUGCGGUUCAAGUUCAGCCCCGAGGAGAUCGAGCAACGUUACAAAAGCCAAGAAAUCGAUCGGAUGCUGGAGAAAGAUCGUCAAGCACUCCGACGACAGGUCAAGGUGCUGCUCCUCGGGGCGGGUGAGAGCGGAAAGUCGACAUUCCUCAAACAGAUGCGAAUUAUUCACGGAAUUAAAUUCGAGCCUGAAUUAAUUAAAGAGUAUCAACAUGUAAUUUAUCAAAAUAUAAUUAAAGGAAUGAAAGUGUUAGUAGAUGCUCGUGAUAAGUUAAAUAUUCAAUGGGAGAAUCCUAAGAAUUAUGAUAUUGGUUAUCAGUUACUAAAAUUUGAAAAUACUAUGGUAUUAGAUGCUCGAUUGUUUCUUCAUUAUGUACCAGCUUUACAAAGUUUAUGGAAAGAUGCAUCGAUCAAAAGAGCCUUUGACAGAAGAAGAGAAUUUCAAUUAAGUGAUUCAGUGCAGUACUUUUUGGACAGUCUUGACAGGAUUGCAAGAAUGGAUUAUGUGCCCACGCAUCAAGAUAUUUUACACUGUAGAAAGGCUACAAAAGGAAUUUCUGAAUUUGUUAUACAAAUUAAUAAUAUUCCAUUUCUGUUCGUUGAUGUUGGAGGACAAAGAUCUCAAAGACAAAAGUGGUAUCAAUGUUUUGAUUGUGUUACAUCUAUACUAUUUCUUGUUUCAUCGUCAGAAUUCGAUCAAGUAUUGUUAGAAGAUAGGAGAACAAAUCGGUUAGAAGAAUCAAGAAAUAUAUUUGAUACAAUAGUUAACAACACAAUAUUUGGUGGAGUGUCUAUUAUUUUAUUCUUAAACAAAACUGAUUUAUUGGAUAAAAAAGUAAGAUCACCCGAUACAAAUGUUCGUUGGUAUUUUCCACAAUUCACAGGAGAUUCACAUUCCAUGAAGGAUGUGCAGGAAUUUAUACUAGAUAUGUUUAUAUCUGUUAAAAGGGACACAAGAAAGCCUCUUUUUCAUCACUUUACUACAGCUGUAGAUACAGAAAAUAUAAAAGUUGUGUUUAAUGCAGUGAAAGAUACAAUUUUACAUAGAAAUUUGGAAUCGCUGAUGCUCCAAUAAUGAUGAAUCUGUAUAAAACGUGAAAUAAUUUCCAAUUCAAAGGUAUGCAUUCAACAUUUAGUAUUUGGUAUAUGGUUAGGUGAAAUUAGUUGAAAAAGUAUUAGGACUUCAAUUUGAAAAGAAAUUCUGGUAAGACAAUAUAUGUACAUUAUAUAUAUUGUACCAAUAUAAAUCACGUGAUUACCUCCGUGGAAAACGGUAAAUUAAACGUUUUCGUAAUAGUUUUAUACAAAACGGGGAAUAAAAACUGCCUAAUAAAAACAUGUAUUGAAAAUUUUCAACACUGUACACACUAUAUGUACAGGGUGUUUUGCCAGUUUUAUUUGCUCUAAGUAUCUCCAUUAUUUCAAAUGAAGAACAAAACUGUUAUGUACAUAUAAAAGUUGUAAGGUAUGAAGAAAUACAUAAUAUGAUAUUAAUAGUUUCUUUAGAAGUGCAGGUACAGAGUUCAAUUUUUUAUCAAUUUUUUUGUUUCAGCAAAACAACGAAUUCAGAGUAUAAAAUUACUAAGGUGCAUUUAUUCUAAAACCUACUAUUCCUGGGAUAUUUGAUUUUGUUCAUCCCAUUAUUUUCAUUAUGACACAUAUUCGAAAUGUCAUGUUGGUUAUCUUAUGUCCACUAAUGGGGAACUUACUGAUACUGAGAGAUGUCGAAAGUCCAACAAUGCUAUUUCAUGAUAUUUACUAUCUAAUAUUUGUUUACAUCCAAAGUACUGACACCUGUGAGCAUUGUGAGAGUUAGAGGACGAACAAAAUGAAAUAUCUCAAAAACGGUAUGAGUUAAGAUAAACGUAGAUUCGUUUUUUUUUUAUAUUCAGAAUUCGCUUUUUUAUCGAAAUCCAGUAAGAGAUAGGACAUGUCAUUUAAAAAACAAAAUUGACCUCUAGAUCUCCUCUGUACCACCAUUUGUAAAAAAAAAUGUUGAUAACAGAUAACGUAUUUCUUUAUAUUUUACAAUCUUUAUAAGUAAAAUUUGUAACCACUAAAAUUGGCGAUUUACUCUGUAUAUAUAAUGUAUAUAGUGUUAAAUAUUUGAUAUAUGUAUAUAUAUACAAUUUUUAUAUAUAUAUAUAUGCCUAUACACUGAUAACAUAUUUCCAUCCUUUUUGAAGAAUAUUGAAUAUUAAAGGGUUGUAGACUAUUAUAUACAAUUUAUUGUACAUAGCAACUUGUAUUCUAUACAUAGUCAAGAAUAACGAUUUUACAGGUUUGUAUAAAAAAGGAUCAGUUUGCUAAUAGUAUAGCUAAGAUUUUUCUAUUUUGUACAGAUAUUUAAUCCAGUGCUUCUUUUUUAUAUUAAAAUAUAUAAUGAAAAUCCUGGUCAUGUAAUCAGUUUUCACAGACAUAAGAAUAACUUAUUUUUUACUUAAGCUUGAUUAUCUUUGUUAACAUUGAAUAUAGUAAGUAAUGAGGAAACCAAAUACUAGAUUCAUGCCAUAUAAACCAAAUGAAACUAACCAGUUUGUGUUCGAAUUGCUGUGUGCAAAAUUGUUAAUUUCAAUAUAAUUUUUUUUUAAUUCGACUUAAAAAUAGUGUACACAAUUUAAAUACUUCAGAAUAGUAAUAUAAUUUCUUGUAUUAUGAUAUUCAUUAUAUUUUUGAUUUAUUGUUUUUGUAUUUCUCCAAAUUGAAGUUGUUUUCUGUAGCACACAAUAAAUUAUAUUUUGUAAGCAUUUAUAAUUUAAAUUAAUAUAGUCCUGAUAGUUCAAUAUUACUUUUCUGUUGUAAUGUAAACCUCCAGUAUUUGUUACAACAAAUUAUAUAAAAAAAGAUUACAAAGAAAGAUCGUAAUAAUACAUAUUAUAGAUUUUGUUAAAUGAUUAAGUAGGAAGGGUUUUGCUAAACUUUGGUUUUAACAGCUGGUCCUUGAUUAAAUGUUAUUUGUUUAAGGAAAAGUUAUGGUAAUCAGUAUUAUUAUUUUUCACAUGCAAAGGUUCAACGUUUAUUUUCCAGUCUGAUAACAUAACAGUUUUCCAGAAUUAUAUGUUAUUUUUAUUAUUCUAUAUUCUAUAUUCAACAUCAUUAUGUAUUUCUUUUCUGUAAAUUUCUGUUCCCGCAUAUUUUUCAAGUUAUACAGCAAUUUAUAUUAUUGAAUGCAAUUAAGAUGAAUCACAUUAUAAUGAAGGCAAAAGCUAUUCAUUAAGGUGUUCUCUUCCUGUCAUAAAAAUUAUACACAGUCCAGAUCAUUUAGUAAUUGGGAACGGCAUAUUUUAUUGUCAUUAUAAAUACCACUGUAACCAAGGAUUUUAUGUAAUAAUAUUUAUGGUGAAACCAAAGAAUUUUGAAACUAAUAAAUUUUUUAUGUAAUUUAUUUUUACUAGUUUAGUAUAAUGCCUAAUGUUAGAUAUUUUUAAAACCACAUCUAUAUUUAUGCACACAGUUAUUUUAUUUUUCCAUUCUGAUCAUUUAUUACAUAAAAUCUUUGUUCCCUUUGCUCUUUAUAGGAAAAAAGAGAAAUUAAAAAUCUCAAAAUAUUUAAGAAUUGUAUUCAGAAUUAAUUAUACCUGGAGCUAAUGAAAAUAUUUUGUUAUGUUUGUAUAUAAGAGAUUUUAGGCCUAGUGUAAAAAUAUAAAAUGUUAGGUAAUUGAAUUUCUACGUAACUAUUUGUAUCAUGUAAAAAUAAUGUGAAACUUUAAUAAUUGGUAUAUUUUCUUAACUGAUACAUUUUACAUUCCUAUAAACUUAAACAUGUCAAUUUUAAUUGAUAUUCUUAGAGUAUUUUUAAACCGCACCACAUUUUAGAAACAUUAUUAUUGCCUUUAAUGAAAUAUUGUUUUGGAAAGUGAAUUAUAUACAAUUUUAUACGAUUUUCAUACAUUUAUACAGAAUUUAUAUAUUGAUACUCAACGAGAACAAUGUCUGUAAUUUUUGUAGAAAAUAUUUUUAAACGAGCCUAUACUUUAAACUUACUUGUGAAUUUGUAUAGGUGCAACAUGUGUAAAAUGUUUAUCUCAUAGAAAACUUCUAUGAUACUUAGCACAAAUUAUGCAGCUCAUUUUGUAAAAAAAUGUAAACGCGAUAUUUAUUUUUCUAAUUAAUUAAUAAAAAAUAUUUGUUAUAUCAA